CAGCACUGGUGGUCAUAUUUUUUUUUUGUGUGGUGUCACAAGAUAUCAUCAAACAGACAGACAACAAGAUACGAAAGAGAUGUCGUGGGUUUCCGAUUACCAGUAUACGUGUCUACAAAAGAUAGCGUUCCAUGCACUGCAACUAUCCGGCCUCAUCCCCCACCACAUCGCCUUCGUCAUGGAUGGCAACCGAAGAUUCGCCCGCUCCAAACACAUUGAUAAGAUCGAGGGUCAUUCGCGGGGAUUCUCGAAGCUGGCGGAUGUGCUGCGCUGGUGCCUUGACAUGGGCAUACGUGAGGUGACCACAUUUGCAUUCAGCAUCGAGAACUUUAAGCGUUCCAAUGAGGAAGUCGAGGGUCUCUUCAAUCUGGCCCGUGAGAAGUUCUCCAAGCUGCUGGAGGAGUCCAAUCGCUUGGAUGAGCAUGGUAUACGCAUCCGAGUGAUUGGUAACAUUGAGUUGCUGCCAGCUGAUUUACAGCGCCUCAUUGCCACUGCCAUGUUGCGAACGGAGCGCAAUGAUAAACUCUUUUUGAAUGUCGCCUUUGCGUACACAUCCCGCGAUGAAAUCACCCAGGCUCUCGAGUCUGUGCUAAAGGAUCAUAAUGAUGAUGAUGACGAUGCACUGCAGCCCACGGACAUCAAUGAGCGUCUACUGGAGGCAUGCCUCUACACCCGCCAUUCCCCGCCUCCGGAUCUGGUGUUCCGCACAUCGGGCGAGACACGGCUAAGUGACUUUAUGAUGUGGCAGAUCAAAUCGUCGGUGCUGUACUUUACGAAUGUACUGUGGCCUCAAAUCACCAUCUGGAACUUUAUGGCUGGCAUUGUGGCCUACCAAAGGGACAGGUGCCGCAUCGAGGAUUACAAGCGGGAGGAGCGCCUGCAUAGUGCUCAAUUGGCCAAAUCCAGCGAUUUCUAUAGCCUGCGCGUUCAAAAGUUUCUGCAUAAGAUGGAUGCCAAUCGGCGGAAAUUACUUAUAGCAUUGGCUUCCAAUUAAUGACCGACAAAUUGUUAACUGCAUGUUGAAUGUUGUUGUGAUAAGCAAAUAAAUUAAAUGUAAAUAGCGUA